AGCUCCUCUUCCUUCCCUUUGAAAACGCAACUAAUUGCUUUCUUUGAUGCUCUUCCUUCCCUUUGAAAACACAACUAAUUGCUUUCUUUGAAGCUCUUAUAUCAAACUUUACUCAUCAACAUUGUAGGCAUAGACGACACGUGUAACUUGGGAAAAAUUAGCUUGGAUCAGUCAAUCGUAUUGCUUCUAUGAGUAUCCAAACAGCUUCUUCUUCACACACUCAUAUUUGUUCUUCCCGUUGGAGGUAUGACGUCUUUAUAAGCUUUAGAGGUGAAGAUACUCGGAAGAAUUUCACAGAUCAUCUAUAUGCUGCUUUGACUCGAGAAGGAGUUAAUGUUUUUAGAGAUGCCGAAGAACUUGAUAGAGGAAAACCCAUUUCAUUGGAGCUCCCUCGAGCAAUUGAAGAAUCAAGAUUUUCGAUUAUCGUCUUCUCAAAAAACUAUGCUAAUUCUACUUCAUGCUUGCAUGAAAUUGCUAAGAUUGUUGAAUGUAAGAACACAAUGGGACAAAAUGUUUUUCCCAUUUUUUAUGAUGUGGAUCCAUCCAUGGUAAAGAAACAAACAGGAUGGUUUGAUGAAGCUUUUGCUAAGCAUGAAGAAACUUUUAAGGAGAAUAAACAAAAUGUUCAAAUAUGGAGGAAUGCUUUAAAAGAGGUUGCCGAUCUCUCUGGAUGGGAUGCGAAAAACAGACAUGAAUCAGAAUUCAUACAAGAGAUUGUCAAAGAAAUAUCAAUUAAAUUAAGUCUAACAACAUUGAUGACUUUUGAGGGCCUAGUAGGAAUAAAUUCUCGCCUUGAGGAACUUAAGCUGUUGAUAGGUACAAGGUCUAACGAUAUUCGCAUGAUAGGGAUAUGUGGAAUGGGAGGAAUAGGCAAGACAACAAUUGCAAGAGUUUUUUAUGACUUGUUUUUGUAUCAAUUUGAAGGGAGUGCUUUUCUGGCCAAUGUCAGGGAGAUUUCAAGAAAAAGUGGCUUGGUUACUUUACAAAGGCAACUUCUUUUGAAAAUUCUAAGGGGAAGGGAUAAUAACAUAUGCAAUGAGUAUGAUGGAAUUAAUGAGAUAAAGAGAAAGUUGCGUCACAAAAAAGUUCUUGUUGUUAUAGAUGAUGUGGAUCAUAUUGACCAACUAAACAAUUUAGUUGGAAAACGUAAAUGGUUUGGUUUAGGAAGUAGGAUCAUAAUAACAACAAGAGAUAAACAUUUGUUGAUGACUCACAAGGUUGAUGAAGUUUAUGAAGCUAAAGAACUGAAUUGUGAUGAAGCUCUUGAACUCCUCAUCUCGAAAGCCUUUGAAAACCAAGAGCCUUCAAAAGACUAUUUGGAGUUGUCCCAACAUGUUGUAAGGUAUGCUGGCGGUCUUCCAUUAGCUCUCAAGGUUUUGGGUUCAUUUUUAUUUGAUAGAACUAUAGAUGAAUGGAUUGACUCACUAAAAAGACUCAAAAGAGAUUCUAAUAAGGAGAUUUUGGAUGUACUUCAAAUAAGUUUUGAUGGUUUGCAAGAAACUGAAAAGAAAAUAUUUCUUGAUGUUGCAUGUUUUUUUAAAGGAGAGGAGAGAGAAUAUGUAACAAGAAUUUUGGAUGGUUGUGGUUUUAACCCAACUAUUGGAUUAAGUGUUGUCCUUGAAAAAUCUCUUAUAACUAUUUCAAAUUUCAAUGAACUAUGGAUGCAUGAUUUGUUACAAGAAAUGGGUAAACAAACUGUUAAGAGAGAAUCCAUGGAAGAGUCUGGAAAACGCAGUAGAUUAUGGGAUGAAGAGGACAUUCGUCAUGUGCUAACAAAGAACAAGGGGAGUGAGCUAGUUGAAGCCAUAAUACUUGGAAAAAAGUUCAAUUUCAGGGCAAGUACUGCAAGUGCUAAAGCCUUCUCAAAGAUGGUCAACCUAAGAUUGCUCAAGAUUCGUAGAGUACAACUUCCCGAAGGUCUUGAGUAUCUUUCCAAUGAGUUAAGAUUACUCGAUUGGGAUGGAUACCCUUUAAAAUCAUUGCCAUCAAAUCUUCAGUUGAAUAAACUUGUUGAACUUAAAAUGGACGGUAGCCACAUCAGACAACUAUGGAAGGGGAUCAAACCUUUAUACAUGUUGAAAUCUAUGAGUUUCAUAAAUUGCAAGAGUCUGAUCAAAACACCAGACUUCACGGAGAUCCCAAAUGUUGAAGAUUUGAUUCUCAGAGGAUGUUCAAGAUUGUGUGAGAUUCACCCAUCUUUACUAGCUCAUAAAAAGAUUAAACGGAUGGAUCUGGGACAUUGUUCAAAUCUCAAAACUCUUCCAAACAAGAUUCAUAUGGAAUCUCUUGAAAGUCUUGUGCUUUCUGGUUGCUCAAAAUUGGAGAGGUUUCCAGAGAUUAUAGGAAGUAUGGAGUGCCUCUUCGAGCUUUCUUUAAAUGAAACUGCCAUUGAAGAAUUGCCUGUGUCUGUUGAGCUUCUAUCUGGACUUGUAUACUUGAAAUUAGAAAGAUGCAAAAAUCUUUCGAGUCUUCCAAGCACUAUAAAUGGCUUGAAAUCUCUUUCAACCUUGUCUCUCUCUUAUUGUUCGAGACUUGUGAGUCUUCCGAGUACUAUAGAUGGCUUGAAAUCUCUUCAAUCUCUAUUCCUCGCUGAUUGCUCCGGACUUGUGAGUCUCCCAAAUACAAUAAAUGGUUUGGAAUCUCUUCGAAGUCUCAUUGUCUCUGAUUGCUCCAAACUUGAAAGUAUACCAGAUACUUUGGGGCAAAUACAAAGUUUGCGUAUUCUCCAUUUACAUAAAACUGCUAUAAGACAGCAAGUGUCAUUCCUUUUUCCUAAAAAGAAUCUUUCAGAAUUAAAAUUUUGUGGACGCGAAGGAUCACCAUCAAAAUCAUUUUUUGAGAAGUUCAAAUCCCAUGACUUUAAUAUUGCCUUCUUUGCCAUCUAAUUUGCGUUAUGUUACAAUGUUGUGUCUUCGUGUUUGUAAUCUUGGGGAAGGAGCAAUAACCAGUGAUUUGCUUGGAAGCUUCAUCUCAUUGGAGGAUUUAGAUCUAAGCCAAAACAAUUUGGUUUCGUAACCUGGUAGCAUCAAUCGUCUUUCUAACCUUGGAAUUAUUGGGUUGAACUAUUGCACGAGGCUUCAAAUUCUGCCAGAACUUCCUUCCAAUAUAUGUCGACUUGAAGUAAAUGGUUGCAUUUCCCUGGAAAGAUUAUCUAAUGCAUUAAGAUUAUGCAAUUCGAAUUUGUCAGAUAUUUCAUCUCACAAUUGCUUGAAACUCGAUGGUAGUGGUGAGGCAUUUUCAAUUAUGAAGGAAUACCUCAAGCUGACAAAUCCAAGUAAUACAUUUAGCAUAGUUGCUCCAGGAAGUGAAGUUCCAGAGUGGUUCAAGCAUAAGAGGGACAGUGAAGUUCCAGAGUGGUUCAAGCAUAAGAGGGACAGUGAAGUUCAGAGUGGUUCAAGCAUAAGAGUGACGGUGAGCUAAUAGAAAUAGAAAAGCCGCCAGAUUUGAACAAUAAUAAUAGCAAGUUGGUGGGAUAUGUUGUGUGCUUUAAAUUUUGUGACCGUAAGAUUUCUCCUGAUCACCGCAAAAAUUGUGUCGUGUGGGUGACGAUUGUACUGUUUUCCUGUCUUGUGAGUCAAUAAGUUGUGAUGUUGACUCGCGGCUGCCAGAGUCAGAUAACCUUUGGCUAUUCUAUAUCCCUGAUAAGGAAAUCAAAGGAUUUAAUUAUCCCAAGCUCAUAAUUCCGUUAUGGCAUGACAAUGCUGUGAAAAGGGUUGGAGUCCAUCCUGUGUAUGAGAAUGAAGAUUUUGUUGAGUUUAAUUGAUCAUGAUUUUGUGGUGCCAAGGCUUCGCUGUCAAUGCUGCAUUGUGUUUAUGUUGUU